AUACAGAAUCUACCAAGCCGCCGUUUCAAUUAUUUCGCAAACCCCAAAUCAAGGAUCCAUCCAAAUACGCAACCCAAGACCUCAAACCGGAAACUUAAAAACCAUAGCCAAUACCAUCUAUAAAUACGGUGUGUAAUUGUUUUGUUAUCGACAUUUUCAGGCCCAGAAAUUUCUUGCGUCCGUAUAUCGCAACAACAGGCAGCAGCCUUGACACAAAAAAGGCACAUAAAUUAUCAAGGUGUCAAAAAUGGAAGGAGGGAACACCAAGACAGGCCGAAAGAUAGUGGUGGCAGUGGAUGAGAGCAGGGAGAGCAUGCAUGCUCUCUUUUGGUGUCUCUCUAACCUUGUCUCUCCCACUUCUAAUAGCACUCUAGUCCUCCUUUACGUUAGGCCCCCACCUCCUGUCUACUCUCCCUUUGACGCUGCAGGGUACAUGUUUUCUGGUGAUGCGAUUUCUACCAUGGAAAAAUAUGGCAAGGAUUUGGUGAACUCCGUGAUGCAACGAGCAGAAGCUGUCUACAGGAACUUCAAUGUAAAAGUAGAAAGAGUAGUUGGGAGAGGAGAGGCAAAGGAUGUGAUAUGUAAUACAGUAGAGAAACUUGACGCUGACAUCCUUGUUAUGGGAAGCCAUGGUUAUGGUUUCUUGAAAAGAGCUAUCCUUGGAAGUGUGAGCGACCACUGUGCCAAGCAUGUAAAAUGUCCAGUGGUGAUCGUGAAGCACCCAGAGGAAAAUUGACUUAAUUUCCUGCCACAAACUUUCCAAGGGAUGAUUCCAUCUUUCUGCUAGAAUCUUGUACAUAUACAUAUAGAAUAUCCUUAUCUGCUUAUAAAAGGGCCAGCCCUUGUAUCACAAAUCCAUUUCAUUCCGUCUAGCAGGAACUAUGAAAAGAGAAAUUAUUCAGUGCAUCUUCUGAUUAUAAGAACAGUGCAUUGAUUUCUCACA